AUGGGUAUUUUCAACAGCCUGUUUAUAGAAGUGGCCUAUGAACACUAUUCUGAAGCACCAGUGGCCAACCUGCCCAUGCCCUUCAAUGUGAUUAUUAACAUGGUCAGCAUGCUCCUGGGAGUGUACUGUUACAACCUUGAGAACAAGAUACAAGAGUUUGAGGUGGCAUUGGAUGCUCAUGUAGUAGCAGCGAUUAAAGAGGCUUUGUGCACACACAAGCAGAACAGUAAUAUCUCCACAGCCACCUACUUAGCUUUAGGCUUGGUCUCUUUCUUGGGCUUUGAAGUCCUCUACAGUGGAAGUUUUGGUUUCUUUUAA